AUGUCCAUAAAUGCAACGAAGACCGUAAUUCUAGAGCAGGGCUACGCCUACCAGCCUUCUAUCUUGCUGGAAGGCGAACCCUUGAAAGAAGUCGACAAGUUCUGUUACUUGGGGUCAACUGUGUCGAACAAUCUUUCCAUUGACGGAGAGAUUGAUAUCCGCAUCGGCAAAGCGGCCACGACGUUCGGCAGGCUGCUUCCAAACGAAUCUGAAGGAAAUGAAGUUACCACGUACAACUUUCCCUUCAUAACACGAGCUCAAUGGAAAGCUAGACAGUCUAAGAAAACAUUGCCAUUGCCAUCUCCUGUACCGUACGUCGUGAUCCAUCAUUCGUAUAUGCCACCAGCAUGCCAUACCAGCGUGGAAUGCUAUCAAGCUAUGAAGAGUAUGCAGAACUUUCACAUGGACGACAGGAAUUGGUGGGACAUUGGAUAUCAUUUCGCUGUUGGGAGCGACGGUGUAGCUUAUGAAGGUAGGGGAUGGGGCAUCUUAGGCGCUCAUGCGUUACAUUUCAACAACGUAAGCAUUGGAAUAUGCCUCAUUGGAGAUUGGACAAAUACUGUACCACCAGCGCAACAACUUAAAACAGCACAAGCCUUGAUAGCAGCAGGAGUUGACAAGGGAUAUAUUAAGAGCGACUAUAAACUGGUGGGGCACAGGCAGGUUAGAGAGACCGAAUGCCCCGGGGAUGCUUUGUUCUACGAAAUACAAAGCUGGAAAAAUUACUCGCCGUUCCCCGCGUCUGUUGAUGAUUUACCACAAGUUAUUCAGUUAGGACGAUAGGAAGAAAACAUAAAUUCGAUAAGGAGAAAAUGAAGAAGUAAAAUGUUCCUUUUACGAGUAAUUUCGUUAAGUCAUUAAUAUUUAUUUUAGACGUAUUUUCCCAUUAUAUAAUUUUGUGAUAUGUAAAACGUAAU